AUGUCGUCUAGUCAGAAGAAUAGUAGUGGAAAUGGUAGUGUCAACACUAUUGUGGUACCAAAAGAGCAACAGACACUCGUCGAUAAAGUCAGAACACUACUGUUGGAGACACCCAGUAAAGUGACAAAAGAAGAUCAAAAGAUUCACUUUAAGACCUUGUUUGAAUUGACCGCUAGACUGAUCGAAAUGGAUCCUCUGAACAAUCACUACCGUGAACUAAAAGCUGUAUCUAUCUUUAGUUUUGUAGAUCAUUGUGCAUUACCUCCACAAAUGGCAAUUGCAAAGUUAGAGGAAGCCGUUCAGAUUGCACCGAAUGUCAAGUUUAUAAAGGAUCGUUUGAAUGCAUUCAAACAAAAUAAUAAAAUAUCUACAUUUCCUCCUUCAAGUACCAAUGAUAACAACAAUAACAACAAUAAUAAUAGAAGUAAAGAAGUGGAAUCCAAUGGAAGCAAGAAACAGAUGUCUAUUCAACUAUUCGCUCGUGCAAUUGAAUCACAUAUGAAAGGUGAUUUGAACAUGUCAUUUCACUACAGUGUUGCUGCACAUGAAAAUGAUCCAGAGAAUAAAGAAGUAAAUUUACAUCUUGGUACACUCUAUGCCAAACAAGGUAAGUUCCCACAUGCCAACAAACAUAUCGAUAUGGCAAUCAAGGGUAAACCAACAUUGUACGAUGCACACGUGGAGAAAGCAAGUUUGGAACAAAAGGAGGGUGAGACUACCAACGCCAUCAAACGACUGAGCGUACUCUUCAAAUCGUCGGAAACCACUCAAGACCUAAAGAAACGAGCACUCCUCUUAAAAAUAUUCUUUAUGAACUACGCCGAACAAUAUAACAACGAAAAAGAUAUCUACGAAGAAUCUAUAUUAUAUCAUAAAUUUCUAAAUAUAAAACCAUAUACAUUAAAACAAUCAUCUAUUAAAGUUGCAUAUUUAUCUUCACAUUUCUGUGAACAUCCGAUUGCUUAUUUUAUGGAUGGUAUAUUGAAGUGUCACAAUAAGGAGACAUUUGAAAUUCAUUUGAUAUCGAUGGGUACGCAGUUUGAUGAUUUCACCAAGAAAUUCAUUGGCUACGUCGGUGAAAAGAAUUUCCAUGUGAUGCGCGGAUCCUGUGAGAAGGUGGCAGCGGCCAUCCGUGACAUGAAAAUUACUAUUCUCAAUUGUUUGGAUGUGCACACCGAGCGUGACGGUGAGAUUGCUUCAUACCGUCCGGCACCGAUCAUCGUCAACUACCUCGGAUAUCCAAAUACCAGUGGCAUUGCUGACCUGAUACAAUAUCGUAUCACCGAUCAGUAUGCCGAUCCGCUCGACACCAAGCAACUCUGGACUGAAAAACUCAUCCGUAUGCCAUCGACCUUCCUCUGUUUCGACGCAUCGCAUAUCAUCACACAUCCGAUCACCGCGCAAUCUCCAUUCGAAAAGAAUGGAUACAUAACAUUCGGUUGCUACAAUACACUGUCGAAAGUUCAAAAGGGAACUUGGGCCGUUUGGAAACUCAUUCUCGAUAGACUGCCAACUGCUCGAAUCGCUAUUAAAGCACCGCUUUUCAUUGUGGAGAGUGCAGCUCAGGCAUAUCUAAAGAAGCUGGCGGAUAUCGGUGUAGAUACCACCAGGGUGUUGUUAAAGACCUAUUCAAUGGAGACCGGUAAUCACUAUGAUAGCUACAAUGAGAUGGAUAUCAGUUUGGAUCCAUUCCCAUACAAUGGAACAACGACAUCGUUGGACUCGCUAUGGAUGGGUGUUCCUUUCGUAAGCAUGUCAGGCGUGACACAUGUGCAUAACGUAGGUCGUUCCAUCCUCACCAAUGUCGGAUUGAAAGAACUGGUCGGCAGCAACCCCGAAGAGUAUGUAAAUAUCGCAGUUCAACUGGCAAGUGACACUGAAAAACUCAAAUAUCUCAGAACCAACCUCAGAAACAUCCUCUCAAAGUCACCAAUUUCCAAUCCCAAACAAUUUACAAUCGAUCUUGAAGAUAAAUAUAUUCUAAUGUUUAAUGAAGCACUUUAA